AUACACGGGCUUUGUCCUUUUUUAUUUUAAACAAGGCUCUUAGGAGGCUGACACUGCGAAACAAAGAGAUACUGAUUCAUAAUUACCAGAAUGAAUCGGGUGCAGAAUGGAGAACAGUUACCGGUACAGUUCAGUUACAUUUCACAGCAUACCGGUACCGUACGGUACCCGGCACUGGUACCGGUACCGGUAGCGUUCGACUGGAGGUUAUUAUUUUAUGUAGGCUACCGGUAUCAUUCUCAGAAACAGCCGCACAAGAAUGCAAGCUCUAAAUCAUUACCGGUACAUUUUUGUAAAUAAGAAGUUGAAUGCCUGUUACCUUCGGGAGUGCAGACGGUUGUAAUUGUACAAGUCUGCUUUAACGAUUCUGUCUGUUGUAGCAAGUCUAUGCAUGCCACUUUCUCACAUACCGUACAUAGCCUAGUUCAUUUUCUCAUGAUUUACUUUUGUUUUGUGAAAAAAUUUCACUGAUCAAUCAAUUUUUUCUGUAAUCACGCAUAGGAACCGCAGCCACAAUUUUUUAUGGUUAUUUUCUUAAUUCUAGUUUGUAUAAAGUCUAUUGCCAUGAUCUUCUUUUGAUCAGUGUCUCACAUUUUAAAAUUAAUUUAAAAGAUAUCGCUCGAUUUUACAUCGUGUCUUGAUUUUAUUGUCUUCUUUUGACUGUUUUUGGUGGACGGGCACGCACUCGUACGUUUUUUAACUUUUCUAUUAAGUUAUGCCCAGGUCCUCUGCAUUUUGUUUGUCUGUUUGUUGUUGUUUUGUUUCUUUCAGAGUGACCAAAAUAAAAUUGAUUGUAUCUCCGGGUAUAACAUGUAAAUCUCAUCCUAUUUCUAAAGCUUCUGCGUCUAAAAAUUAAUAAAAACUAAUCCGAGCCCAUUUUUAAAUGUUUGCAUAUAAAUUUGCAAAUGGUGUUGUAAUUCAGUAAUGCCAUACCUCUUUGUAUAUAAUUUUGAUUUGUUUGUUACCUAAUUAGGCACAUAGACACAUUUUUACUUGGUGAAAAUGAAUACCGGAUUCUUGAUUCUUUAUUUAGUAUCAUUGCUUGACAAUGUUUUCAUCUUCUCAGAAUAUUUUAGAUAUAGUAUUAAACGGACAAAUAAUCAUGUUGCCUACUAUUAAGGGGUCGUUACUAACUUUAUUUUUACUCACUAUUUGUAACCUUUUAUGUGAGAUAUCGGCAGAAGCAAAAUUCAAUGACAUUCGGUGUCGCUGCACUUGCAAACAACUUAUUGCUCUCAAUAUUCCGAGAAAGGUUUAUACAAAAGAUGCAGUUCAAGAAAAAUGUAACUGUUUAGAUGUUGUCGUUCCGGAAUUGAAUUGGGCAAAUAUAUCUGGCGUAAUGUUGGAACAAUACUGCCUCUUGUGUCAGUGUAAAUAUGAAGUACGAAGCACUAAGACUAUGGAGGUUGUUGUCCUGAUGUAUCUGAUUUUAAUUGGAAUAUUAUUCUCAUAUUUGGCAAUUGUUGGAUUAGUUGAUUUUAUCGGUAAAAAGCGGAAUCGAGAACAAGGAGUUGAAACUCAGAAUUUAGUCAGUGAAGAUCGACCCUCGACUUCAUCUGAAACUGCCGAAAAUAUGCGCUUCCGCAGCCAUCGGAGGCAGCAUAGUUCUACAAGUUCUAUGAUGAUGAAUCGACUAACAAACGCACAAGUAGAGUGGAAGCGACAACUAAAAAGCCAACGGGAUAAAGUCUUUGAGAGUAGAAAUAUUCUGCAAUGAUGGGAAAAGAUUGCACGAAUUCCUCGCCGAUGAAAGGAUGAAUUGAUUGGAUUUUCUUUGCCUCUACAACACAAAAAUAAUCCAAACUACUUGAGAUUGAUAUUAGAAAGUGGUUCCUCAUACUCAUUUUUCUAUUUUUCACAAUAUGUGUAUGCAAGUCUAGGUAAUAAAGGCUUGUGUUAGAAUCCAAAUCAAUGGGCCGACACCUCUUUGUUACCCCCUAUUUUUUGCAUCGGACUGUUUAGUAAUUCUCGACCCGGUGACGAGACUAUAGACUCACUUACUAUCAUAUGAUUAAGCCCUCUUUUUCUGGACUAACAUGAAGAUCAUAUUAAAGCAAUUCUAUAAAACCUCAGUCUUGAGGUCUAGUUUACUUUUGUUACGUAGGAAGCCAAUUCGGGACAACCAACAUGCUCUUUUUAUACUGCAUCGAAUUCUUGGCCAUAUUGAAUACUUUAUUUAGAAACCUAAAACUUCUCUAGGUUUUUUACUAGGAACUUAGACUUGCAGUUUUUUUGUGAUUCCUGUGCACAAGUUAUUUGUGAUUAAUUUUUUUUGUUUUUGUUUUGUGCAAUAGUCAACUUAUUUUAGCAGCAAGUUUUAGUUUGUUUUUCAGUCAAGAUGGUUAUCCAAGAUUAUACCAAUAAACAGUAUUUCCUGGUUAUUAAGUCGCUUCUCUCGACCCAAUUUUUUGACCUGAUUUUAGGGGGGGCUGUCUUAUUGGGCGGCUAUUAUUUUAUUUUUUCUUGCUUCUUGGAAUCUUUUUUUACGCACAUAAAAUUAUUAGUGCAUAUUGUUGCUAACUAACCAACAGAGAAGCAAUUUCACUGUCCGUUUUUAUUGGAGCUUAUAUGGAAAACAAACACUUAAAAAUCAUAAUGUGAGUAACAAGUGUCAGUGGCUGUCUGCUACUCUUCUAUCUCUAAUCUAAUUUCUCGUGAGGGCAAUAUUGUUUUGAUUAAACCUGAAUUGAAAGCUAUUUCACCUUUGGGAAUCAAUGAUGCUUGAAUAGUUUCUGGGUCAUUACUUCCUGGGGUCAAAUCUUGUGUAAAAAAAAUAAAACAUAAUAUAUUUUAUAUUUGAACCAUGCAGAAAAUACUUUAUCAGUGUAUUCAAAAUUUCUCUCUCUGUUGUGAUGUGAUAUUAUAGCAAUUUAUUACUUAUUUAGA